UCUCCUCGUCAUGGCGGCCCUCAGCAAGUCCAUCCCUCAUAACUGCUACGAGAUCGGCCACACUUGGCACCCUUCCUGCCGGGUCUCCUUCCUGCAGGUCACUUGGGGCGCCCUGGAGGAGUCCCUGAAGAUCUAUGCCCCCCUGUACUUGAUUGCAGCAAUUCUCCGGAAACGAAAAUUAGACUAUUAUUUGUACAAACUACUCCCUGAGAUCCUACAAUCCGCUUCAUUUCUGACUGCUAAUGGGGCCUUGUAUAUUACUUUCUUCUGCACUUUAAGGAAGAUACUUGGAAAAUUCUACUCAUGGACUCCUGGCUUUGGUGCCGCUUUACCAGCAUCUUAUAUGGCCAUUCUAAUUGAAAGAAAAAGCAGGAGAGGGCUGCUCACAAUUUAUAUGGCCAACUUGGCUACAGAAACACUAUUUAGAAUGGGUGUGGCAAGAGGAGCCAUCACAACAUUAAGAAAUGGAGAAGUCUUUUUGUUCUGCAUAACAGCAGCCAUGUACAUGUUCUUUUUCAGGUGCAAAGAUGGUUUGAAAGGAUUUACAUUUUCUGCACUUAGGUUCAUUGUAGGCAAGGAAGAAAUUCCCACACAUUCUUAUUCACCAGAGGCAGCAUAUGCAAAAGUGGAACAAAAGAGAGAGAAACACGAGGAAAAACCAAGAAGAAUGCAUAUAAUUUCUCUAGUUAGGAAACUUGUGAAUUUAAUAUGCAAGCAUGGACCAAGGCAUAGAUGUUGCAAACACUAUGAAGAUAAUUGUAUCUCUUAUUGCAUUAAAGGUUUCAUCAGAAUGUUUAGCGUGGGAUACUUGAUCCAGUGCUGCCUAAUCCCCUCUGCAUUUAGGCAUCUGUUUACAAAGCCAUCCCGGCUACUUUCUCUCUUCUACAAUAAAGAAAACUUCCAGCUUGGAGCUUUUCUUGGUUCUUUUGUUAGUAUAUACAAGGGUACUAGUUGCUUUCUGCGUUGGAUCAGAAACCUGGAUGAUGAACUACAUGCUAUUAUAGCUGGAUUUUUGGCGGGUAUAUCAAUGAUGUUUUAUAAAAGCACAACAAUUUCCAUGUAUUUAGCUUCCAAACUGGUAGAGACAAUGUAUUUCAAAGGCAUUGAAGCAGGGAAGGUUCCCUAUUUUCCUCAUGCAGAUACUAUUAUGUAUUCCAUCUCUACAGCAAUUUGUUUCCAGGCAGCUGAUGAAGUUCAGACCUUGCGACCGUCUUACUGGAAGUUCCUUUUAAGGCUCACCAAGGGCAGAUUUGCUGUCAUGAAUCGAAAAGCCCUGGAUGUUUUUGGUAGUGCAUCUAAACACUUUCAGGGUUUCGUCCCCAGAUUGGAUCCAGGAUAUACAGUUGUAAAACCGGAGUUACCGAUAGAGUUUUCAUGAAGAUGGCUAUAAUUUAUUAAUGUGACUAUAUUUCAUCAUUAUAUCCUGAAGAGUUAAUUAUGUUGAAUACAAAGAAGGGGGCCCAGCUCGAACUUCAGUGUUAUUUCAAUGAGAGAGCUUUUUUGUUUUGUUUUGUUUUUCUUACCAAUCAGAAAUACAGAAGCUUUUUAGGAAGGUGUUGCUUAAUAAUUAAGCUUCCUCUGUAGCCAGAAUCUGAUUCUGGAUCACUG